AUGCCUGACGACUCUGGGUCAUCGAAUGGCAGAAACAACAGUAAUGAUUUGCUGGGUGGUUCUGAAGAAGGUUCCAACAAUAGAAGAACAAAUGAAGGUAACCACAAUGGUCAUAGCAAUCGUAAUGAUAGAACUUCUACUUCCCAAAAUUCUUCUUCCAAUAGCAAUAAUUCCAAUAGGCUGCAUCGUUUGGACUUUGGCAUUUUUGAUAGAUUUAUGGAUACUUUUUUACGAGGCAGCAGACAAAGAAACCAUUCUACUCCUGGACCUUCACCGGUAAGAAAUGAUAUCAGUGAACAACUAACAAAUGAAAACAAUGCAAGAGAUCAACAACAGCAACACCAACACCAUGGUCAGGCACAGCAACACCAACAGGGAUCUGAACAAUCAAGUCAACGUGUGCUGUCUGAACCGCCUAGUUCCAAUUCCUCUACAAAUAACAGAGACGAGGAAUCUGAUCGUGCCAUAAUAAUAACUGUCAAUUACGUAUUUUCGGACGAAAAUAGACCAGCAGUACCUAAUAGAUCCGGGUCGUUAAUCAUGUCCUUGCCAAACAAUGCAUCAAAUCGUGAACCUAGUGUGAUUCAAGAAUUUAUCCGAUUGGCCACUCAAAUGGCAUAUUCAUCAAUUGUUACUGGUCUCAAUCGUGAGAGGGGGACUACUAUAGAAAAAUUUAAAUCAUUUGAUACUGUAAAGUUACAUGAUUUGGGUGAGAAUCAAAUUUGUUCCAUUUGUUAUGAGAAGUUUGAAGCUGAUGAGGAAGACGAAACAGUGUCUCACAAGAAGAGACGUCUUGUGGAUGAGACAUCUCAGACGACAUCGAGUUCAUCAAAUGCCAGAAAUACUAGAGAGGGAGAAAGUGAAGAAGAACAACAACCUUCACAAUCCAACAACUCACAACCAGUUUAUUUAUCUGAAUAUGUUGGUGAGUUUAAUCAUAGCGCGGUCAAAAUGCCUUGUUCUCAUAUAUUUGGUAAAGGUUGUUUAUGUGAAUGGCUUAAGCUACAUACCACCUGUCCGUUGUGUAGAUUUUCGGUUCUGGAGGAAACUGCAUCAGAACCAGCUACAAAUGAUACAGCCAAUAACGUUUCAUUUUUCACAAUACCCACUGACGGCAACACUAACCCCUUGGGAAAUGUUACUGUUCAGAACAAUUUUACUAAUGCCCCUUCAAACGAUCAACCUACACCACGAGUGCAUUAUUUUGGAUUUAGUCCGAUUCCAUCACCAGGCUCUGCCACUCCAUCACUGAACCCAAGGUCUGAGGCAACAGAAACUCCAUUAAGACGUAUAUUUCGUUCUACAAGAGCCCGUCGAGAACGAGAGGCAAGACAAGAUCAAGAGUCGAAUGAGUUUCCUCAUAUAGAUCCUUUCGCAUUUGAUUAUCUUAGAAAUAGGUUAUCAACAAGUGAUAGACAGCCGGAACCGCUAUUUCCUUUUGGUAUGAGUAGCAGAAGAACGGCCAAUGGUGUUGAAACUACCCUGACCGACCAUUUAGCGUCUGAAAGCGAAGAUAAUUUGAAUAUGAGAAGUCUUUUCGACGCAUCUCCCAUGCCAGAAGCACGUCGUAACGAAGACGAUACAAGAGUGGGCGAUAGCGGAUCUAACAACGAAAGCGCAAACAACAACAAUGAAAGCUCUACUAACAUUUCACAUGGUGAUGAUGAUGAUGUGGACAAUUCAUGA